GAUUUGGUUAACGUGGGAAAGAAGAGUGAGAAAGAGAUGGUUCUUACUUUCCCAUUUUUCCCUUCGGAUGUUCCUUUGAACAGCCAAUAAAGAAAGAGAUGGAGAGAGAUCAGUAAAGUCAGCACAGUUUAACGUAAAACGGGGGUGAGAUACACAAAUACAUAUAUAUAUAUAUAUACAUAUAAAUAUAAAAGAGUAUGUGAACAAAUUUAUGAAUUGAUUGAUUGAAAAAAGAGGGCCUCGAGGGAGAGAACCUCUGCAGUAUGAACAUAACCAGUUAUUUUUAAAAAGCAACCAAGUAGAGAGAGAGAGAGAGAGAAUUAAGGGUUUUCCUGCUUUCGGCCGAGCUUCCUCAAACUCGCCUCGUCUAUGCUGUAUUGGGCAGUUUGGGAUACAAGAUCUUGGUCGUUCAUAUCAUAAGCUUCUUUCUUUCAAAUCCACCGAAGUGAACAUAAAAGUUUUCUACUUAUUAUUAUUGUUAUUCCAUUCUACACUACGCAUCGCCAUACGCAGUGACACAUAUAUAGCAGAGAAAAAUAGAAAAAGGACAAAACCAUGAUCCCAAAUUCGAGCUCGCUCCUUUUUUAGUCCCACUCGCCAAUUGGGUCGCCUUAGAUUUUUUUGUGUUGAGCAGAUCAGACUAGAGAAAUGUGGGAUCUCAACGAUUCCCCCGAUCGGCGGAGAGACGACGAAUCGGAGGGAUGCUCUUCCCAAAAGACCUCCUUUGACGGCGACGACGACAAGGGCAAGGGACUCGGAUCGGCGUCCAAUGAGAAUUCGAGCUCGUCGGCCGUCGUCAUAGAGGACGGAUCUGAGGAAGAGGAGGCGGUGGGGCUGCUUAGGAAGCGGAGCAGCAAGAUAUUCGGGUUUUCGGUGACCCAUGACGAGAACUGCUCGUCGGAGAGUGAUCCACCGGUAACCCGGCAGUUUUUUCCGAUGGAGGAGUCGGAAAUGAGGGCGUCGUCCGUCGGCGAGGCACCUCGAUUUCCACCUGCCCACUGGGUCGGAGUGAAGUUCUGCCAGUCGGAGCCGCUCGCCGCCGGUGCUGUCGGCGGCAAGUCUGUCGAGGUGUCCCAGCCGCUGAAGAAGAGCCGGCGAGGACCCAGGUCGAGGAGUUCGCAGUACCGUGGCGUUACCUUCUACCGGCGAACCGGCCGGUGGGAGUCCCAUAUAUGGGAUUGCGGGAAACAGGUUUAUUUGGGUGGAUUCGACACUGCACAUGCAGCUGCUCGGGCAUAUGAUAGGGCGGCUAUCAAGUUCCGAGGAGUGGACGCAGAUAUAAACUUCAGUUUGGAAGAUUAUGAGGACGACUUGAAACAGAUGAGCAAUCUAACCAAGGAAGAAUUUGUACAUGUACUUCGCCGACAAAGCACCGGAUUUCCCAGAGGCACCUCCAAGUAUAGAGGCGUAACUUUGCACAAGUGUGGAAGAUGGGAGGCCCGGAUGGGCCAAUUCUUAGGCAAAAAGUAUGUGUAUUUAGGCCUCUUCGACACCGAAAUCGAAGCUGCAAGGGCCUAUGACAAAGCUGCGAUUAAGUGUAAUGGCAAGGACGCAGUCACAAACUUCGAUCCCAGCAUCUACGAACAGGAGCUGAACUCCGAAUGUCCAGGCAGUGCUUCUGCCGGUGCUCACAAUCUGGAUUUGAGCUUGGGAGGCUCAGGCUCGAAACCACGCCUUAAUCCUUGUGAGCCGGGGAAUGAUCCCCAACACUUGUCGUCGAUGGAUCUUCAUUUUGCGUCCACUCCAUUCGAGGGUGACUGGAGGACCCAAGGGUUUAGGCCGGAACUGUGUAGAGGCGAUGGGCAAGAUCAAAGAAGGGACCGAUAUGGCGAGGCUGAAAGACUUAAAACCAUGCAGCUUCUCAGCCAGACCCACCUCAGGUCUCCAGCCUCGCUAAACGUGGACGAAAUGCAUAGAUACGGGCAAUUCAGGAGACAUGGAGAAAACCAGAUGCUUCCCAUUUUGCAACCCCAACUGGGUUCAUCAAAUUAUCAACUUCAGCAUUCAAGCGGCAGCAAUGGCAGCGGGAUCGGAGUGAAUGGGGGAGGAGACUUACUCUCCCUAUCCACUGGGGAGCAGCAAUGGCAGUUCCCCUCAGCCGAGCAUCAUCCACAGUUUGCGAGUGCUGCAGCAUCAUCAGGAUUCCCACAGCAGAUGGCUACACCCUCACCCUCCCACGCUUCAACUUGGCUGCAGAAAAAUGGGUUCCAUUCUCUCAUCAGACCCUCUUAGCUUUUAGCAAGCUAGAGAUUUCAAUUCCUUUAAACCUCCCUCACCCAUUUUGUCUCAAUUAAUUUCUGCCUAGUUCCUAAUUAAUUUCCACGAUCAGUAAUCAUCCCCUCUUUCUAAUUUAUCAAACCAACGCUGGUGAAUUCCAAGCAUGUAAAGUUCCAAGACGACUUCUGAUUUUUUCCCUGAUUUAACCUUCACCUUACCCUUCAGAGAAAAGGGUGAUGAAUUGGAAUUCCCAAUCUGCAUGGGGGUCGGAGGGACAUGUGUGUGAAGGCGAAGGUUCAAAUUAACUUAUAACGCAAAUGGACGAAAUCUCCAACUAGAUUUUCUGGGUUCUGACUACUGCAACUGCUGCCGCUGAUAUGUAUGUAUGUAAAUUGAUCUGGCCUCUGCGCGCAGCUAGCUAGCUAGCCCUAUCUUUAUUUCUUUCUACUGCAGCAGCUGUGUUCUAAUAUUUUUAGUUAAUCUAUAUAUAUAUAUAUAUAUAUAUAUAUAUAUAUAUCGUUGUCAACA